CCAUGCCACUUCCUGAUGUUAUGUUCUGCGCUCAGCAGAUUGAAAUCCCACCUGAGUUCCCGGACAUUUUAAAGCAGUUUACAAAAGCUGCCAUCCGGACCCAGCCACGUGAUGUUCUCCAGUGGUCUGCUGCGUACUUUUCAGCAUUGUCUAAAGGUGAAACCCUUCCAGUGAAGGAACGGUAUGAAAUGCCAGUGGCAACUCAGAAAAAUAACACUGGUCUUACACCAGGACUUCUAAAAAUUCUGCAUAAUCAGCUCUCUCCAAAGCAUGUUGUUCAUGAGGUUGAGUUAGUGGAAAAAUGGAAAGACCUAGGAUUGCCAUACCAACAACUACAAAAGAUUCUGCACCUGGGCAAUUUAGAGGAUGAGAUUGAAUGGAUGAAAUUCUUGGCACUUGCUUGCAGUGAUUUGGGUGGGUCUCUAUUCAGUGCCCUGAAAUAUGCCUGUGAAAUCCUAACAACUGACCCAACGGGAGGUGCUGCCCACAUCUCUUUUGAAACCUUCAAGCCUCUGUAUAUCUACUUAGCAAUGAUGGAUGAGGAAAUUACGGAGUCUGAAAUUGAAGCAACUCUUCAGGCUUUACAGGAAGAUGUGAAAAAGCAAGGUGGAUUGAUACAACCUAGAAACUUCAAAAAACUUAAUAAAAAACAACCUGAAGCAAGUAAAGUGCCAUCAUAACUAAACAUAAUCUUUCUGUUCCUGCAAGAUUAUUGUUGGUUAAAAAAGUAUAACUUACCACAGAGAACAAGCAACAAUUUACCUGUCUAAAAAAAUCUUCAUCUUCCACACUGAUCAUUUUAAUGGUUAAUAAAGUUGCGUUGUUCCAAAGAUUUGCAGUUUGGUUUUGCUUUCUGUACAUUUUACUGUUAUUUUCUAUGCUGACUGUAAAAAUCAAUCCAUUUGUUGUAAAGAAAUUGAGGACAUCCUGAGGAGCCAUUAUGUGGGGCUUUUUUCGCACCUGGACAAUAACUAUGAAUCAUCAAAAUAAGAUAAUCACUAAUAAGUGCAAUGAAGAAUUUAGAAGAAACUCUAUUGCAUUCAGAAAAUGCUUAGAAUAUGAAACUUGCUGUCGUAUGAAAAGACACUAAUAGUUGAAAUGAAUAGCAUAAAUGGCUUUAAGAAAGAGGGGAACAUGAAGAAAGAGGGGAACAGAAACAACUAGAGAAUGUGUAGAGUGUAAAUACCAAUUUCGUCCAGUUAAGCCCAAUGCCCUGUUUGUCUGCUGUAAAUUCAAUGUUAUUAUUUUCUCAGAUUAUGUGACAGUGACUGGUGAUUUGUUUUCAACCUCACAAACUGCUUUUUAAGUGUAAUGAAA